GCUGGGAUGUAGGCGUCCAGCCUGCUAAAACCCAUGCUGCACAGAUCUGCAGGGGUUCAGCCCUCCCUACUCACCUCUCUACCAAAAACCCACACCUGUUGCACCCAGUGAACCUCUCCCAGCACUGUCCAUGGAUGUGCAGAGAGCACUGCAACAGGGACACCAGUGCAACGGCUCAGUACAGCUCAAAGAGGCAAGGUUAAAUAGAAAGUAAAGCACUUGUGUGAGGAAGGAGGUCAUUUAUUCUUCCAUUCUGCGGCGGCAUACAGAAGCACAUGAUAGCAAGGCAUAUUUUUAGAUCUGAAGUUACCUUUAUUAACACGUGAGAAACUGCGAAUGAAAGACUUGAAAGAAGAUGUUAACAGAGUACGCUGGAAGGCAGCAGAAUGGAGAAGGUGAAUUACGCUCUGAUUCAUUUCUGAUACUCAGGAACACAUGAGCACAACCCAAAACGCCUGGACAAGGAAAAGCUGGUUUUGCUGUCAGGAGCGCAGGUUACCACGAAAAACAGCAGGAGCUCCACUCCAAAAGAUAUCAAACCCCAGGGGCCGGGCUUGGCACGGCCUGGAGCUGUCAGCUCUGGGCGAGCCAGCUCAAACGAUAAACAGCAUCGUUAUCCCGGCCCCGCCAUUUUGAGCUGGCCGGCCCCGCCCGCAGUGCCGCUCGGAGCGCUGCAGGGGGCGCUGCCAUGGCGGCUGGUGGUGCCGCGCCGCUACCGCACGCCGGGCCCGCCCCGUCCGGCCCGCGGGGCGGAUGAGGCGUUGCGCUGGCAGCUGGUUCCUGUUGUCGUGUUGGGCCUGCCGAGCCGGGCCGUCAUGGAGGCCAGGAAGAUGAACCUGCCGCGUGGCCCCGAGAACCUCUGCUUCGACAAGGACGAGUUCAUGAAGCCGGAUUUUGACGUCGAUCACUUUGUAUCCGAGUGUAGGAAGCGCGUGCAGUUGGAGGAGCUCAGGGAGGAUCUGGAGCUCUAUUACAAACUCCUGAAAACGGCCAUGGUAGAGCUCAUAAAUAAGGACUAUGCGGACUUUGUUAACCUCUCAACGAACCUGGUUGGCAUGGACAAAGCCCUCAAUCAGCUUUCAGUACCCUUGGGACAGUUAAGAGAAGAAGUUAUGAGUCUAAGGUCAUGUGUCAGUGAAGGAAUUCAAGCAAUAGAUGAUCGUCUGUCCAAACAAGAAGAUAUCAGGAAAAAAAAGGUGUGUGUCCUGAGGCUUAUCCAUGUUAUUCAGUCAGUUGAGAAAAUUGAGAAAAUUCUACAUUCCCAAGGCACUAACGAGUUAUCCACUUUAGAAGGAAACAGCCCGCUUUUAACUGGACAGGUUUUAGAGAGAAUUGCCACAGAAUUUAAUCAACUACAAUUUCAUGCAGUACAAAGCAAAGGAAUGCCCCUUUUGGACAAAGUGAGACCACGUAUAGCUGGAAUAACAGCUAUGUUGCAGCAGUCUCUGGAAGGACUGCUCUUAGAAGGUCUUCAGACUUCAAAUGUUGACAUAAUACGUCACUGUCUUCGCACUUAUGCAACAAUUGACAAAACACGAGAUGCAGAGGCUUUAGUUGGUCAAGUGCUUGUAAAACCUUACAUGGAUGAGGUGAUUGUGGAGCAGUAUGUUCAGGCUCAUCCUAACGGCCUUCAGGCCAUGUACAAUAAACUGCUGGAGUUUGUUCCUCACCACUGCCGUCUCUUGCGUGAAGUUACAGGGGGAGCUAUUUCAAGUGAAAAAGCGGAUAUUGUUCCUGGAUAUGAUUUCUUGGUGAACUCAGUGUGGCCAGAAAUAGUACGUGGUUUAGAAGAAAAACUGCCAUCACUGUUUAACCCUGGAAACCCAGAUGUGUUUCAUGAGAAGUACACUACCAGCAUGGAUUUUGUACGGAAGUUUGAACGGCAGUGUGGCUCACAGGCCAGUGUGAAACGGUUGAGAUCUCAUCCCUCCUACCACAGCUUUAACAACAAAUGGAACUUGCCUGUUUAUUUUCAGAUAAGAUUUAGAGAAAUAGCAGGGGCCUUAGAAACUGCACUUUCAGAUUCCCUAGAGGAAGCACCAGAGGGCAGCUCGUAUUGUCUUUUGGCUACUCACAUGGUCUGGAUGAGUCUUUUGAAGUGUUGGUCGGAUCAAAUGUUUUUACCAUUGUUAGCACACCGUCUGUGGAAACUUAGUCUGCAAAUUUUGGCACGUUACUCUGUGUUCAUUAAUGAGGUUUCUGUAAGGCCCAUUUCCAGUGAGAGUACAAAAGAAAGCAGAAAAUUAAUGCCAGCUGGUAGAAGGGAAACUUCUGUAAACCUCAGCUCUAAUGAGGACCAAGGGAAUGGAUCUUCCCCAGAAAGUCAGCCUUUGCCUUCCAUAUCCAGUACUCAGUUGGUGCAUGUUGCUGCAGAUCUGGAUAAACUCCAGGAAAAGAUUCCUGACAUCUUAGAAAUGAUUAAACCUAAACUUGAGAUGAUUGGCUUCAAGAAUUUGUCUUGUAUUGAAGGAGCCUUGGAAGACUCAAAGACUUCUUUAUCAGCCUGCAUACCUACUUUGAAUAACAGGAUUAUCCAGGAUCUCAGCGAGUCCUCUUUCGCUUACCUGAAGAGUGCACUGGAAAUUCCAAGAUUAUAUAGGAGAACCAAUAAGGAAGUGCCAACUAAAGCUUCAUCUUAUGUUGACAGUGCUCUUAAGCCCUUCUACCGACUGCAGAAUGAGUACAGAAAUGUACUGAAACAACCCAUGAUUCAUCAGUGGUUGGAAGGAGCCCUCUCUGAAAGCACACAGAGGUAUUAUGAAACUGUAUCAGAUGUGCUGAGUUCUGUUAAGAAAAUGGAAGAGAGCUUAAAAAGGUUGAAGCAGGCCAGGAGGACUGCAGCUUUGAACCCUGUUGGUACAAAUGGGGGUAUGAGUGAUGAUGAUAAAAUCCGACUGCAGCUGGCUCUAGAUGUCGAGUAUUUUGGAGAGCAAAUACGAAAGAUGGGACUGGAAACAAACAACAUAAAAAGCUUUUCAGCCCUUACAGAGCUUGUUCUAACUGCCAAGGAUCAGGCUACAGUGGAACAAUCCUAAAUGGUUUUGAAAACAUGCAAUUGAUGAUGAAGGAGAAUGUAACUGUAUGUCAUUUUACCACAUAAGUAGCAAUGAAGUGCUUCCUAUUGCAUCUCAAGCAACAAAUUGGUGCAUCUUCUGUUUGUUUCACCAAAAGACUGAGAGUUUACCAAUAGUUUUCCAUUAUAUGGAAAGCAGUCAUAAGUUCUAAACUUCUUACUGCAGAAGUGGGAAGUGGAAGAAAAUGUUUCCAUUAUUUUUCUUGUAAAUCUUAUUAUGUAGAAGAGUGAACAUAUAUGAUGAAAAUAGUAUGUAAUAAAUUGUCUUCCUAA